GUGUUAGCGAAUGGUUAACGUUUUCUUUUUAAAUACACUGCUAAAUAAAGCAUUGUUGUGGAAAAUGUCUUUCCCUUUCGUCAUAUAACAGGACGGCUAAAAACCUUUAAGACAGUAUUGGUAUUUUCUGUAUGAACAAUAUUCCAACGUUUGGAGUUUUUCUAUCGAGGAUUCGGCGUCAAUUUUAGUACCACUUCAAAACAAUGUCUAUAAAAUUGUGGAAUACCGUGUGCGGAUUUAUUUGUUAUUUUAUAAGUUUUUAAUUAAUGACAACAUAAAAUCUAGGAAUUUUGUUUGAAAAUGGAUAAGUACAUGGAUAGAAGAAUGCGUAUUCGUCAGAUAUUUCAUGAUUUUAUGAGUAAGAUGAGCGGAAGCACUGUUAUUGAAGAUCCUGGAAUACCACUGGUAGGGAAAGCUAAUGGUAAAUUUCGGAGGUACGUUGGAAGCGAGGAAGAAAAUGCAAACGGAACACCACCGGCUGAACCUCCUAGCGAUUCCUCCGCGUUUGGUAUAACAAGUCGCUAUGACAACAUCGGGUAUAAAUUAGGGAGAAGAAAACAACUAAUCAAUCGGAGGCGAAUGAUUGUAAACGUCGAGUUUACCAUGGCUUUCUUUGGAAUUGCUCUUAUGCUUGUAGAAACAGAAUGCUUCAUACGCGGGGUCUUCACAAAAACGGACGCUGGGUCGGUUAUACUUAAAUCUUUAAUAUCUUUGUCAACCGUAGUACUUCUCCUAGCCAUUUUAUUGUAUCACGCGACAGGUGUUAUGAUUCAAAUGGCUGACAACAGUUGGGAGGACUGGAGGUUAGCUAUGCAUUUUCCAGUGUCAUAUUUGAAAAUUGUGCUGGAGUUAUUAUUAUGCAGUAUUCAUCCAAUUCCAGGCGAUAUAAGAGUUCCCGCAUACGGAGUGGAUGGUAGGUACCGAAUGGUUUCCUUGGACGCCAUCUUUUCUAUACUAAUGCUCGCACGACUAUACUUAAUCGGAAAAUUUACCGUCGUCCACCACCGUUUAUUAACUGACACAUCGACACAAAGUCUUGGUGCUUUAAAUAAAGUGAAGAUUAAUACAGUUUUUGUUUUCAAGGCACUUAUGUCUACAAUGCCGGGAACUAUGCUCAUUUCGCUUAUGCUCGCAAUUCUAGUAAUAGGCAGUUGGGCGUUGAGAACCUGUGAAAUAUAUUACCAUCCGGGCUCCCCUGAGAGCAGCUAUUUAAACUCUAUGUGGCUUAUAGCUAUAACAUUCCUCACUAUUGGAUACGGAGAUUUCACACCAAGCACGUACUGUGGGCGUUUUGUCUCAGUUCUAACCGGCCUUAUGGGCGUGGGUACAACGGCACUCCUUGUUGCAGUUCUAGCUUCCAAACUAGAACAAACAAGACCCGAAAAAUACGUUCAUAACUUCGUGUCGCGCGUUCAGUUGGACAAGGUUAGGAAAAACGCUGCUUCUGACGUCAUCAAAUAUGCGUUAAGUCUUUGGCGAAUGAAACGGCAAGGUAUAUCUGACGGACGCCGCAGAACGCGUGUUUACGGAAAGUUGUUACAAAGCAUCUAUACAAUGAGAGAAGCGAAAAAUGAGAAAAUAUCCAUUGGUGAAAGCUCAGUUGGAAUAGUAGAAGUUUCAAAAUCUGUUAAUGAUGUCUUUGAAAUCGUGGAGCAAUUACAAGAAGAACAGACAAAUCUUCAAACGCGAGUUAUAGAUAUUGAACAGAAGCUAUCAAAUAUUGAUAAGAAACUAGACGUUUUGAUUUCGGGAAAUCGAUAGAAAACUAUAAAACAGUAUUAGAUAUACAAACGUAGUGUUUAAUUACGGCGUAGACAACUAAAACAUUGCCAAAAUAAACACUGCGCCAAAUUUACCCUAUAUAUCAGCCAAAGGAAACGUGAUAUACCUGUACGUAGUAUUGUGGUCUUGGAUUUAGAAAUUAGCUAAUUUGGUUCUGGGAUUGUCAUUCCGUGUUUUGAGGAUACGUUUUCGCGUAUAAUAUGUUUUGAAACACGUGGUAUUUUAGAAUGUCAUUUAAGUUGAUUGACACUAGAUAUAGAUAUAGCAUCAUGGUAACAGUGGUGUAAAACAUUUAAAUAAUUCAAUAUAGUUCCCUAUCAUUACUAAAUGCUGUUGUUGUUAAUAUUUAUAUGUUUCUGUUUAAAAGUCAAUGACUUCCGGUUUUAGGAUUUAUAACAUGUUUACAUUGCGGUAUUUUACUUAAACUAAAUUUUCUUAACCUUUUAAGACGAUUUUUUCGUUGGUUUUGGAAAACCCUUACAGGACGCAGUACUUAACUUUUUACAUACAUUUAUUACCAUGAAUUAUUGAGAAAUUUGUUUUUAAUGUUGUUAUUUUUGGACGUAUUUAUAACGUUUUGUUGUACAGUUAGAUAUUUAUACAGAGUUUUUAUUUUGUUGUUUGUUAAUUAAAGGAAAAGCACUGCACCGUGUAAGUAAAUGCUUUUUGUUGAAUAUAUGUGUACAUGUCGAGAUAAUGUAGAAUAAAACUAGUUCUGAGAUGGCCUA